UUUCCUUCGGGAUUCUUACCAUCCAAACAUCAAAAUCAUUCAUCGAUUGAUUCUAGCCUUCUAACAAAAUGCUUCGGCGUAAGCCAACCGCAAUAGCCGUGACAUCAGAAGACCUUGCUGCCUUCGAAGAAGCGCGACUUCGCAAGUUGACUCGAAGCAACGAAGUUACAAAUCACACCACGGACACCUAUCCUGCCAGCUUUGAUCCAAACGACGAACUUAAACCUUUGCCUGGAGAUAAGGCAAGAAUAGUUCGUUCGCGUGACGAACGUAUAGGCGUUUCUCGUCAUCAUUGAACAACUGCAAAUUUCUUUAUAUCAAUUGCCUCACCAAUUUUCCCUUGCACCUUGGGCAGGUCGUUGCUGGUCUGCAUGCCAUCUAUCCCACUCGCCCUCCUCAAACGGCUUACUGUGGGAUCUGUAUUUCGAGAAAGCGCAUUGUCCCGUGUACUUUGUAUCUUGUCACGCGGUCAGUGUCCACCACGCAGAACCUUCCUUUCAUUUUCGCCGUUGCUUAUUCUUGGACCACUCAAAGCCUUAGACCAGGCCGACAAGUUCCAUUUGAGUUUCCUGGGUGUAGCAUAUCUGCGCUUUCCUGUUUGCACAAGGUCCAGAAUCUCCGAUCUACAUAAGAUCAUGUUUUGCAUUUACUUUAAAUGAGAAAGAAAAGUAGCCAUUGAACGCCCCGAACAACCCGGUUGUGCUAUUGUUGCGGAUGGACAGGACACGAGAGCCUCUACACCCAUGAAGAAUGUUGUUUCGGAUCACCAAAGGUGUGAAUGAUAUGCUUUGUCUCCGUCGCCAAUGAUUGUGUAUGAUACUGUGCAAAUGUACGUAUAGAGGGUAUAGAAUUCAGAGCCGUGAAAUAAGC